AUGUCUCUGCCCAAAUCCAGGCCAAAGCUGCCCGUGGCGGUCAACAAGCCCACGCCGUAUACAUUCGAUCUAGGCCUGCUCCUCGCCAAUGACAGCAACCCGCUCGAGCUCGACUCCGCCAACCUCGAGUCCUCACUCGCAGAGACUGCCCGCGAUGGCGCACAAGCACUCAUCAACCAGCUCCUGACCACCUGCCCCAUCCAGUCCACCGAGGCCGGCGUCCUGCUCUCCCUGCCCCAGCCCACGACGCCCCUGCCGCGCGAGAAGCCCGUGCCCCAGCCCAAGCCCCUGACCAAGUGGCAGCAGUUCGCCGCCAAGAAGGGCAUCAAGCCCAAGACGCGCGAGCAGCGCAAGAACCUGCAGUACAACAAGGAGAAGGGCGAGUGGGAGCGCAAGUGGGGGUACAAGGGCGCCAACAAGGGCGUCGAGAACGACUGGCUGAUCGAGCUCGACCCGGAGAAGGAGGCCCAGCGCAAGGAGGGUACCACCGUGCGCGGAGACAGCCGCAGGGAGAGGAAGGAGAGGAUCAAGCGGAACGAGAGGAAGAUGAGGAAAAACCUGCGGAGCGGGGAGAAAUGA